AGAUCUAAAUUCCGUGUUGUUAAUUCGCGAUGGCCGGACAACCUGAUCCGGUUCUUCAACAGUUCAUCGAGGCCGAGACCCAACGACAGCGUUUCCAGGUUAUGGUGAGCGCGUUGAACGACAAGUGUUGGGAUCUUUGCUUCGACUCCAAACCUAGCACCAGGUUAGAGUCAAAAACUGAGAACUGCUUGAAGAACUGCGUGGAUCGUUUCAUAGACACGACGAACUUCAUGGUGAAUCGGCUGGAAAAAACCGCAUUAUCUUCGGGUCUUGCCCCGAGUGAAUUUGAAGUGGAUAAUUGAACAUUUUUGGUGUCCGGUAGUUACGGCUCACUUGAAGCCUUUCCAUGUGAUUUUCAAACCGAGGUUGGUGGCCGGGGUAGAAUGGAGGCAUUGUUUUUGAAAAAUCUUUGGUGUUGACAGUUUAGUUGUUGGAAAUCUCUUUCGAAGAUUCAGUUGAUGCUGUUUUGAUGUAUGAUGCGAAUGUUCAAAUAACGUGCUGAAGAGGUGAAGAUUUCA